CUAUUUGUAGUGGCACAGCAUAAGAUCUACAGGUGACCACGGAUCGAAUGUUUACGCGCCUUUUUGAUAAUACGAUUCAUCAGUCACCCAAGCUUUCGGGGGGUAACCGGCUUCUUAACAAGUUUUUUAAUUCUAUUUUAAUUUAAUAAAGUUAAAUUAUUAAGUGUAUACAUUUACUAAGUGAAUGUGCUUGAUUAACAUAACGUUUUUCGAUAUAUUAUAUACAUCAAGGUUUUCUUGUUCACCAGUUUUCCAAGUUUUGUUGUGUGUGUGUUCAUAUGUUGUUACGCUUACUUGUUUAAAGCUUAACCUACAUAAACAGUUAUUUAUUUGUUGUGAUUUAAUUCUGCAAGAAAAAUGUCAACCGCGAAAAAAGCAGCCCCUAAAAAAAAAGGAGCUAAUGGCUACAAACUACCCGAUCCUAUUCCUAAAGGUGAAAUACUAACUGAUAUGAGGAAACAAAAAUGGAAGAUAGGCACUUCCAUUGGUGUUGGAGGUUUUGGAGAGAUUUAUUGUGCUGUACCAGCAGAGAAUGGUAACAAACCUCUCAGUGAAUAUCCUGCUGUCAUAAAAAUUGAACCUCAUGGUAAUGGACCUUUAUUUGUAGAAAUGCAUUUUUAUAUGCGUAAUGCUAAUCCAGCUGAUAUUAACAAAUGGAAAAAGGAAAAGAAUCUUGCAACAUUAGGUAUGCCUCCAUUCUUGGGUUCUGGUAGUCAUGAAUGUAAUGGAACAAAGUAUAGAUUUGUUGUAAUGGAACGGUAUGGUACAGAUUUGUGGAAACUUUUUUUGGAAAAUGGAAGAAGGUUUCCAGAGCACACUGUUUACAAAGUGGCUUGGCAAAUUAUCAAUGUUUUAGAAUAUAUUCAUGACAGAAAAUACAUACAUGCUGAUAUCAAAGGAGGAAAUUUAUUAUUAGAUUUAAAAUCACAAAAUAAUGUAUAUUUAGUUGAUUUUGGUUUAGCAUCACAUUAUACUACAAAAAGUGAAUAUAAACUGGAUCCCAAAAAAGCACAUAAUGGUACAAUAGAAUACACUAGCCGAGAUGCACAUAUGGGAGUUCCAACUAUGAGAAGUGAUUUUGAAAUACUAUUUUAUAAUAUGGUUCAAUGGUUAUGUGGUACUUUACCUUGGGAAAAGAAUCUAUCAAACCCAUCAUUAGUUCAGCAACAAAAGAAUGAAGCAUUUGAUGAUAACCAAACGUUUUUGAAAAAAUGCUUUGGUUCAACCAAAGUUCCAGCACCAAUUAGCCAAUUUAUGACACUAUUAGCUAAUCUUGAAUUUAAUGAAUAUCCAAACUACAAAAAAUUUAGAGAGAUCCUCACUCAAGGUUUGCAAAAACUGAAUCAUUCCACAACUGGCAAAUUGGAAUUUUCUUCCAAAACUUCUGGUAGAACAGUAACAGCAUCAAAAAAAACGAAAGCAUCUGUCGAUACUGAUGACGACGAUGCAUCCAAGAAUACUCGCAGUACUCCAGUAAGAGCUGCAUCGGCAAGAUCUAGAGCAACUCCUUCAAAAUCCAUCCCAUCAAAAGCUAUUUCUAAAACAAAAACUACUUUGACUAAAAAUUCACCAAGAAUAGACUCUGUACUAGCCAAUGACAGUCUUAAUGAUAGUGUUGAUUCUGUUAUUUUAGAUGAAAGAUGUAUGAGUGGGCGGGAUAUGAGAAGGCAAUUAUUGGAAAAUAUUGAUGGUGAUGCUGAAUAUGUAGUACAAAUAAAAAAAAGAAAAACCAAAACUGCUUCAAAAGUAGUUGCUACUGCAGCAGCAACUACACCAACUAGAAGAGGACGAAAAAAAGUGGAAAAAGUGAAAGAUGACUCAUCCGAUUCUGAACCUGAGGUUAUAAUUAAAGGAACUAGAUCUCGUCCUGCGGCAUCAAAAAGAACAUCUGCAGAAGCACAUACAACUCGAGGAAAGUCUUCUAGAUUAAAAAAUGUAUCGGAUAGGCCUAAUUAUGAUAGCGAUCAAGAUAUGUUUGAUGAAAGUCUUGACGAUUGAAUCGAUUAAUUAAUUUUAAUAUAAAAUACAUAACUUAAAAGUAAAGCAACUUUACUUAGAUAAGACGUUGUAAAAAUUCAUCGCAAUAACGAGGUCUUUUUUCCGAAAAAAUUCUAGUUGAUUUGUAAAAGAUAUAUCUUUAGGUUUGUCCAUGACUGUUGAACAGCAUGCUCUUCAUGCUGCAAUCAUUAUUCUAUUUUUGUAUUAAGAUUUUUAUUCAUAAUAAAAUCAAUAUACUCUCUUAAAA